AUGAAUAUUUACGUUACUGGUAUAUUAUGUACUAUAGGCUUGAUCAUUUCACAAGGGUUUACUGCUACUACAAAUUUACCUGAAGAUCAAUUAGAUGAACUUAAUAUUAUAAAUAAAUAUUUAAAAUUAAAGGGAAUUAACAAACAAAUCACUGAAGACGAUCUCCAGGAAUUGCUGAAUAACAACGAGAUUGAUAAGCACCUUGUGAAGAAUAACAAACAAAUCACUGAAGACGAUCUCCAGGAAUUGCUGAAUAACAACGAGAUUGAUAAGCACCUUGUGAAGAAUUAUACUCAGAAGCAUAAUGAACCCAUAAUCCCUUUGUGGAUUAUAAAUCCGCCAUACUACUUGGUUGAGAAGCUAUUUCAACUAUUGGGAUAUCUCAUAAGAUACGAUGAUGGCCUUGAAAUAUAUUGGCCAGAACGUCAGUAUCACAACUACAAAGCAUGGGAAUGA